AUGGAAAAACAACCUUUGCUUCCUAAAGACACCAAAAAGUGGUCUUUCAAGGAGUGGAUCACCAGCUGCGUGCCUUCACCGGCUGCAGACAUCAACGAUGACGAAUUGUCGAAAAUGCUCGUUUCAGAAAGCCCGCUGGACAGGGACCCUCUUCCAGAACUUCCUACUCCGGAGUGUGUUGUGUCUGAAUUGGAUGCUGGAGAGAAGCUUCAGAGACUUCGGAAACUCAUGAAAAGGCAUAACAUUUCUGUUUACAUUGUUCCCUCUGAGGACGAACACCAGUCUGAAUACACCGCUGUGGCAGAUAAGAGAAGAGAAUACAUCUCGGGUUUCAAGGGUAGCGCUGGAAUUGCCGUGGUGACCGUGGAUGAUCCAGAAACUUUAAGCGGAGAAGCUGCCUUGUCGACAGAUGGCAGGUACUUUUUGCAGGCGGAGAAGGAGUUGGACAAGAAACACUGGAAGUUGUUGAAACAAGGCCAGGUCGGUUAUCCCAGCUGGCAAGAGUUUGCACUCGAACUGGCGUCCAAGAGCAAGUUGUCUAAUGUUAUUUCUGUUGAUCCAAAGCUCUUGAGUCUUUCUGUGGGCCAGUACUUCAGCAGUACCCUGAGAUACAGAGGUGUGGUGUUCAAGCCAUUUAUUGACUACAACUUGAUAGACAAGGUCUGGGGCGACGAGAAGCCCGCUAGGCCUCAGGACCAAGCAUACAUAUUUACCCCACAGUAUGCUGGUGAAUCAGCAAAUGAAAAGAUCUCGAGGGUCAGAGAGGUCAUCAAGCAGAAGGAAGCAUCCCAUUUGGUCAUCACCGCUUUGGACGAUAUCGGCUGGCUUUUCAACUUGCGUGCCGACAAUUCUAUUCCAUUUUCGCCUUUCUUUUUUGCCUACGCUAUAGUGACCUUGAAGAAAGUAUACUUGUAUGCUGAGGAUAGUCUUCUCGAAUCUGUGCAAACAUACCUCCAUGCAAUCGAUACUUUGACGGUCAAGCCCUACAAAGCUUUCUACACGGACUUGGCCACUUUCAGAGCCACCAUAUAUGACCACUCCUUGCGUAUCAUUUUGCCAGCUAAGAGCGCUUGCAACUAUGCUCUUCUUUCCUCGUUGCCUCUGUCGGUGUCCAGACAAACGGUUAUCUACGACUCCAUUGUGACCGUCCUCAAGUUGACGAAAAACAAGACGGAGCUUUUCAAUGCCAAAAUAGCACAGGCCAAGGACUCCCUUGCUUUCAUUAUAUUCUUUGCCUGGUUGGAGAACGAGUUGAUCCAUAAGCAGAGAGAAGUUUCCGAGUACGAGGCAGCUCAAAAAAUUUUUGCAAUUCGCUCCAAACUACCUCAUUUCAGAGGCUUAUCAUAUGAGACCAUCUCUUCAACUGGCCCAAAUGCUGCCAUCAUCCAUUACGCCCCUACCAAGGAAGACAAUGCCAUAAUCGAUCCAACGACGCCUUACCUAAUUGACUCUGGAGCCCACUACCUCGAAGGAACAACUGACAUCACAAGAACGUUCAAGUUUGGUCAUGAAGGUAUCACACCUGAAAUGAAGAAAUUCUUCACUCUAGUGCUCAAGGGCCAUGUUGCUGUGGCUACUGCUAAAUUCCCAGAGAACCCUUCUGCGGGUACGAUCUUGGAUUCCUUCGCUAGACAACCACUCUGGAAUGAAGACUUGGAUUUCAACCAUGGAACCGGUCAUGGCGUGGGUGCAUUUGGAAAUGUUCAUGAAGGUCCAUUAUACAUACCGCUGGGCGGUGGAGACGUGAACUACUUCAAGGAGGGUGCAAUUGUCACCGAUGAACCAGGCUACUACGUGGAUGGAAAGUUUGGUUUCAGAGUGGAGAGUGAACUAGAGAUCAUUGCUUCCGAUCCUGUGAAACCUUACAGAGGCUCUAACUUCUUAGCAUUCAACUACUUGACGAAGGUGCCUUUGGGUCUUAAUCUUGUUGAUCCUGGCUACCUCAGUGCUGUGGAGAAACGGUGGAUCAACAGCUACCAUAAGUCGAUAGUCGCCGAUUUUGGCACGAAGCUUCUUGAUCUUGGCGAGUACCGUGCUUAUGCCUGGCUACAAAAGGAAACUGUCCCAAUAGUGUAA